AUGGAACAAGGAACUCCUGCUAAGAUUAUGGAUCAAGAAAGCAAGUUCCAUGUUUCAGCCAUGGCUUCUUUACCAGUGAUGUUAUUCUUCAUAAUUCUGCUGUUACCGUCCAUACUCACUGAAGGAAGGAUUCUGCCACAGACUCGAAAAGAACCCACCAUAUCUGCUGAUCACCCGAAAAAUCCCAAGGCUGUCACAGUUGAUUCCCGAAGAGAACCAAACUUCCUAGAGGCCUUUGAGAGGAUGCUCUGUGCCAUUGAUCAAGAAGAAACUUUGUUUGAAGACCUGACCAAUGGUAACCAAAAGAAGUCUUGGCUAAAUCUCACUAAAUUCUUGGAUACUCUGAGCAAAUGUGGUGCUCAGAAUCAACAAGUGGACACAGUAAAUUUCAGUAAUAUGUCCCUUAGGCUUCAAGAGGCAAGUGUUAUGGACCAAGAAGGCAAUGAUUUAAUGCUAGUCUUUUACUCCUUUGAAGACUACGUUAACGUACUGACAAGGGUGCUGUCUUCAACCAAGGUUAAGUAG